UCAGUUCGAAAGCAAGCGAGGGAAAAUAAACCAAACUCCAGUAGCCGUCACCUUGACGUCAUGCCUUUCCACGUGCUGCUGGAGGGGACGGGCCCACAGGUACCAGCACACCUGACCAGGAUUUCCAUCUCACUCAUCAGCACCAGCACCAACUUAACCAACAAAAUAGUCAAGGGAAGAGUGGUUCAAAAAGGGCCGCUGGUGUCGUUAGCACCUGACAACUUUAUCCUGAAGACUGUCAUCCAAGAAGAAGACUCUGUGCCCAAAGCCUCGUCUCAGAAUCUGUCCAUCAACGUCGUCCUUUUCGGAGAACUGGCCAAGAACUUCAGUGAAGCUGUCAAUCUGGAGGAUGUGGUGGUGGCCUCUGGCUUCACUGUGGACAAAUCUCCCACAGUUCGUAAGGACAACCUGCACCCUUUUAACCUGCUGCUGUCUGGAGGUGACGCCUGCAUUUAUGUGUCCCGUCCACAGCCUCCUCCUGACAGCAGGUCCCCGCUGGCCAACAAGAGGAGCUCCACACUCUCUACUGAGGUUUCCAGGACAACUAAGGCUCCAAAAUACACGUAUGUCCAACUGGGUGACCUGUCGGCUGAAUCUGUUGUUAACGUGUAUGGCGUGGUGGUGUUCUUCAAACCACCGUUUAAAAGUCGUGGCCCAGACUUCUGCUCCAUCUUGAAGAUCACUGAUCAGUCCAACCAGAACAUCACCUGCAACAUCUUCCGUGAGAAGCUGGAGGACCAUCCCAAAAUCUUUCAAAUCGGAGACAUCGUCCGUAUGCAUAGAGUUAAGGCUCAAGUCUUCAAAGACACCAUCUCGCUUGUCAACGCCUUUGGUUUUUCUGUGGUGACAUUUGACGGGACAGUAGGUGGAGCUGUGGAACCACGAACAUCUAGCAGCUAUUUCCACUUUGACCAGGAGGACCGACAGAGAGUGGAGGAGCUGCGAUCCUGGGCCUCAAGCCAGGCCCUCCUCCCCCCAGUCUCUGCUUCAAUCCCCUUGUCUGCUGUGCAGCCCAGAUCUUACUUUGACCUAACCUGUCAAGUGCUGGCCAAAGCCCCCAUCGACUCCACCUGCAUCCUGCUGAGGGUGUGGGACGGGACCAGGUGUCCUCACCCUCUGUUGAAAGUAGUUGUAGAGCCAAAUGUAACAGAAGGACCGUCCUCCUUCUCCAGGGAGAAAGAGAACCUCAUCGCCAACAUCCUUGUCUACGACAAUCAUGUGGAUUGUGCCAGGCAACUGAAG